CAAUAAUUGAACAAACACAACUUCCUUCUUCAACCAACGCACUCGAAAAGUCUUGCGCUCUAGCUUGACUUGUACAGCCAGUGCAGAAAGAUGGGUGAUACAGGGAUUCCAUUGGCCUCAGUGCCCUCAAAAAGGCCAUUGGACGAGGUCGCAGUUGCAGAACAGGUACCAGCCGACGCCACUGGAGGCACGGCUGAGACCGUUCCAAGCAAUGGCCUCGGCGGCGCACACAAUGGCGAAGAAGCUUUGGAAUCUGCUGCCAAGAGACCGAAGCUUGAGGGGGACGUAUCAUCUACGCCCGUCAAAUCGGAUUCUAGAGACGGUGGCCGGGGGGUCGCUAUGAUCAAGGCAGAAUAUCUCAUACAUAGACCUGCAAAGGAAGCGACCGCAUUAGAGCCAGCCGCUGCCCAGGACGACGAAGCUGAAGGCAAAAAAUACGCAGUGGAUGAUCGGGAUAAUAGAGAUGGCGGCGACAAGAAGAAAAAGAAGGAGAGGGGCCAGAAUACUUCCCGCAACUUUGGGUCGUCAAACGAUUUCAUCAAGCUGUGCAAUAGCGUCGCCAAUUCGUCCGAGUUCUCGCCAAAGACAUGCUCGUUUGGAGAGAGAUGCAACCUUAGCCACGACCUCCGCAAAUACCUGAAAGAAGGCAAACGGGAAGACCUUACUACAUUUGAUGGAAAGUGCCCGGUAUGGGAGGUUAAUGGCAGGUGCUAUGCCGGCUGGAAAUGUCGGUUUGUCUCGAGCCAUAUGGAGGAGAUUGAAAGAGAAGAUGGCAGAAAAGAGCUUGUUCUCACAAUCGACCCAGUCAGAGCAACCGCCGCUGAGCUUGAAGACGAGGAAAACAGGGCUGGAGUGGCCAACAUUGUGUCAACCGCAGAUAAACUUGACCUGGCUAGGAGGAGAUUCAAGACCGUAAGGUCUGAUCAAUAUAAUGCAUGGCUCGAGAAAGAGACGAAGGCGUCGGAGAUCUUUCACAACCAAAAGAAGGGGGAAACUGAGGACCACCGCGCCCAGUUUGUAGAUCCGCCAUUCCGCGCAUCUGAGAAGCGUCGGCUCUACUACGGCCCUGAGACACCAGUUUUGGCUCCAUUAACAACACAAGGCAACCUGCCAUUCAGACGCUUAUGUGUUGAACUAGGGGCCGAAAUCACGUAUUCCGAGAUGGCAAUGUCCGAGUCGAUCAUCAAGGGUGGAAAGGGAGAAUGGGCUUUAAUGAAGGCUCACGAGUCCGAGCUCACACCUCCGAAGUACACGCCUACAUCAACUGUUCAAAAUUAUGAUAACGUUAAGGAUCUGAAAUUCGGUGUCCAGAUUUCGUCGAGUAAGCCGUGGAUGGCUUUCAAGGCGACGGAGGCACUGGUGACCCUUGUUCCCAACCUUCGCAGCAUAGAUCUCAACUGCGGUUGCCCUAUCGAGCUCGUAUACAAGACUGGUGCUGGUUCAGGACUCCUUGACGCUCCAUCAAAGCUCGAGAAAAUGAUCCGCGGUAUGAAUGCUGUCUCUUUGGAUAUCCCUAUUACAGCUAAGAUCCGCAUGGGCACUCGUGACAACAAACCCACGGCCACUAAGACCAUUGAGCGUCUUGCUUUCGGUGGUUUGGAGUCGCGCGAUCGUCUGGGUCCUCCUGGCUGUGCUGCAAUAACUCUGCAUGGACGCAGUAGGCAGCAGAGGUAUACAAAGAGCGCUGAUUGGAGCUAUAUCGCCGAGUGUGCCGCUCAGAUAAAGAGCUACCACAAGAAGAAGGACGAGUUAACCGAUACGAUUAACGAGCCCGAUGCGAGAGACCUGCCGAAUGGGGAGAAGCUGUACUUCAUCGGCAACGGUGAUUGUUACUCGCAUGUUGAUUACUUCGACCAUGUCCAAAACGGUGGCGUGGACUCCGUCAUGCUUGCACGUGGAGCACUCAUCAAGCCUUGGUUGUUUGAAGAGAUCCAAGCGGGACAGUAUAUCGAUAAGUCGUCUACUGAGCGUCUUGCGUAUAUUGAGAAAUUCGCGAGAUAUGGACUCGACGCCUGGGGCAGUGACGAGAUGGGUGUGGGCCAGACUAGACGAUUCUUGCUGGAGUGGCUCAGCUUUGCCCAUAGAUAUGUGCCAGUUGGCAUUCUGGAGCAUCUGCCGCCCAGCCUGCAGGAUAGGCCGCCGGCAUAUAGGUCGAGAGAUGACAUGGAGGGCCUGCUGGCGAGUGCUAAUUAUAAGGACUGGAUCAAGAUCAGUGAGAUGUUUUUGGGCCCAGCGCAUAAAGAUUUCCAGUUCCAGCCGAAGCAUAAGUCAAACAGCUAUGAUGGUAUCGAAGCUGAGGGUUAAUGGAUGGGUGCAGACAGAGCCUAGCGGAAGGACUAGAGAUGCAUAUAUUGUAGAGUAUAUAGAACAAUACCAUCGCAUCAUAAGCAUAUCAUUACUACAG